GAACGGCCAAUGGUCGAGGAUCUGCAGACGGAAUGUCGCCCCUCUCGUCUUGUCUUUUUUCGUGCUCUUUUUGUUCACCCCUCUCACCCAUUCCCGCCUUUUUCCCCCACCCCUCACGACCCCGCCACCGCCCAAAAGGUCGGGCCUUUCAUUUCAUGCCGCCCUCGUCGACGACCAGACGUUGGAGUUGCAAGGAGUGGAAUGGAAAAAUGGAAAUGGAAAAUGGAAAACAAUCUUUACUGCCUCGGCCGUCUAUCAGCUAUAGACUAUAGACGCAGUAUAUGAGUCAUUAGUUGAUGCUUCUAUGGUUGCUGCCGUGCUAUCGGCUUGACGAACGGCAUUUGGCGAUUGCAUGCCAGCGUGGAGGCAGCGUUAGCAGGGCACGCCGACACGUGUCGGGACGAAGGUGGUGGUGACACGUGGACGGUGCAUGCCAUUCCUUGCAGCUGUGUGAUCGACACGUCAUCUCGAGGUGCCAGUCGCUCUGCGGGGCGCAAGAGGGCGAUAUUUUCUCUGAUUACCUACCUGCGCGGCAGGAGAAAGAGGCUGAUUUGGGGCUCAAGGUGCGCACGCCAUCCACGGCGAUCGUGAUUGGAAGAGUGCUUGAGAGUUUAGCUGGAAGGAAGGAGGAGAAGAGAGGGCUGGCUGCUGUCAUUGGAUUCUUCAUUCCGUGUCUACCUCUCGCCUACCUCGCUCCAUUUUUGUCUUUGACGACUGGUGUGAUCGAUUUCUUGUCCAUUGAUUGCACGGUUGUGAUUGAGAAGUAAGCGGGCGAUGGACGGCGUGCAAGAGCGACGGAGAGGAGGUAGGAAGCGGAAAGUGGAAUCGCCAGUCUUGAGCAAGAAGCAGAAGACGGGGGCUAACGAUAAUAGUAGCCCGCCGGCGGCGAAGCUGGUCAAGGUGGAGAUGCCGCGAUCGGGACGCUCCGUGGGUGUGGAGAGGGUGGCGGCAUCGAAACUGCUUUUAGAUGACAUAGCGAGAAAGGAGGAAGGAAGGAUGAAGCAGCAGCAACAUGAGCAGCAGCAGUCUCAGCAGCAGCGCGAGCAGCAGUGUGCGGAUCAGGAGCGCCGGCGAGAGGAGACGUGGAAGUUGAGUACUCCGCAAAUGGGAGGCGAGGAGGUGGAAAAGGGAAGGAAGAAGAAGAAGAAGAAGAAGAAGAAAACAACGGAAGCUGGCGACGGAGCGGGUUUGGUGCAAGAUUUUCCAAUGUUGUCCUCGAGGGAGAGGAAUCUGCAGUCGCGCAGGUCACCAUCUGCUGCUGCUUCGGUAAAGCGGAACGCGGCAAUUGGCGGGGCGCGGAAGGCGAUGGGGGAAGACGGAGAUGGAGAGGUUGGUUUGGAUGGGAGUAGGGAUGUGGAGGAGGGAGUUGUGGAUGGCGGGAAGAGCGCGGAGGAGGAUGGGGGGCUGAGCUCAGGCCGUGAAAAGGUCCAGGCGCAAGGCUUGAAGGCGAGGAGGAGAGGGUCUAUCGGCGGCGCACGGCUUAGGGCAGCGGUUCGGGGGAGGGUGCGCCGAAGGGGUGCAAGGAGGGAUCGCGAAGGCGACGGGAGGGAGGGAGGUACGAGGGGAGCCAGCGAAGGAAGAGGCAGGGCGCGGCGGAAAGAUGGCGAUAAUGGAUGCGGCGACAAGGGUGGGAGCCAGGAGGAGGAGGAGGAUGAGGAGGAGGAGGAUGAGGAGGAGGAGGAGGAGGAGGAGGAGGAGGAGGAGGAGGAGGAGGAGGAGAUAUCUGAGGAAGAAGCAGCUAGAGAAGGCCGAGCAGCGUCGGAGGGAGAAGAGAGGCGCAAAGACGUAUUGAUGGAUGAUGGGGAGAAUGGGGAAGCGGGCGCGCUGCAGUCGCCCGUAGCAGACGGGUCGCCGCCAUCUGGCAGCGCCAAGCGCGGUCGAGGGCGGCCAACGAAAUCUCGCGCUGCUGGCGGCGGCGCCUCUCAUCUAUCGAAUCCUGCGCCUACGGCAGGCGGGGGAGGUGGUUUCGCCAUUCCUCUCAUUCUCGACGAUGCCAUGGGCGAAGACGUGAAGGACGCACCCUUCAUGGAUGCCGUUGUGAAAGUGUUUUGCACCCACACGGAGCCCAAUUUCUCCCUCCCGUGGCAGCGAAAGAGGCAAUACAGUUCCAACAGCAGCGGCUUCAUCAUCGGCGGAAGAAGGGUGUUGACAAACGCACACUCCGUGGAGCAUUACACGCAGGUUAAGGUCAAGCGGAGAGGGUCUGACGUUAAGUACUUGGCCAGCGUGUUGGCCAUCGGCACGGAGUGCGACAUAGCUAUGCUGACCGUCGAGGACGAAACCUUUUGGCAAGGAGUGGAGGCCCUUCAGUUCGGCUCGCUGCCCAGACUGCAGGACGCUGUCACCGUCGUCGGAUAUCCCAUCGGAGGGGAUACCAUCUCGGUGACCAGCGGUGUGGUCUCGAGAAUAGAGGUCACGGCCUACGUGCAUGGGGCGACUGAGCUCCUAGGUCUACAGAUCGACGCUGCUAUCAACGCCGGUAAUUCCGGCGGGCCGGCCUUCAACAGCAAGGGACAGUGCGUUGGGAUUGCCUUCCAGUCGCUGAAACACGAGGACGCGGAGAACAUAGGGUACGUGAUUCCUACGCCGGUGAUUACGCAUUUCAUCACGGAUUACGAGAGGAACGGAGAGUACACGGGCUUCCCUGUGUUGGGGAUAGAAUGGCAGAAGAUGGAGAACCCGCACAUGAGGAAAGCGUUGGGGAUGAAAGGAGGAGAGAAGGGGGUCAGGAUUCGAAGGGUGGAGCCGACGGCGCCCGGGGCGGCAAAGCUGUUCGCGUCAGACAUCCUUUUGAGCUUCGAUGGUGUUGAUAUUGCCAAUGAUGGGACUGUGCCCUUCCGUCACGGGGAGAGGAUAAGCUUCAGCUACUUGGUCUCCUUGAAGUACACGGGAGAAGCAGCCAACGUGCGCGUUUUGAGAGGCAUGAAGCAUCUCGACCUCAACGUGGACUUAGCCAAUCAGAAACGAUUGGUCCCUGUUCACAUCAGGGGAAAGCCCCCCUCCUACUAUAUCGUUGCUGGGAUCGUUUUCACUCCCGUCUCCGUGCCUUACCUCCGGUCAGAAUACGGCAAGGAUUACGACUACGAGGCGCCCGUGAAGCUGCUUGACAAACUCAUUCACGCGAUGGCCACGACCGAGGACCAGCAGGUGGUGGUCGUCUCCCAGGUGUUAGUUGCUGAUGUCAACAUCGGCUAUGAAGAUAUCGUGAAUACCCAGGUCGUCGCAUUCAACGGGAAGGCAGUGCGGAAUCUGAAGUCGUUGGCCAUGAUGGUGGAGGCUUGUGAUGAUGCCUACCUCAGAUUCGAAUUGGAGUACCAGCAGCUUCUCAUCUUGGAGAUGGAGUCGGCGAGGGCGGCGACCCAGGAGAUCCUGAAGACGCAUUGCAUUCCGUCUGCCAUGUCGGAUGAUCUCAAGUCCUGAUCCUGAUCUGCCGCGCCCAGAUCCCUUGCUUGUUCCGUCUUCUGCGGACAGAAGUACUAUAGCCGCAGCGAUGAUGCGUGUCCCUCCCGACUGCAGCGAUGGCGGCGGCUACAACGGGCGCCGACGAUGGCGAUGAGGCGAGCAAGAGAGGGGGGGGAGGGGGAGAGGGAGAGGAGGGAAUCUUCUUGAUUUGAACGAUGAAUGAUGAAAUAUGAAUGGUCUGUAGAAUUCAGGAGGUCGCAGUCGUGGCAGGUGGGGUGUGUUUGGUUACGCAUCCUGUCGGAUUGCCCUGCCGACUAGCUGCGUGUGGGACUGAGGAAGAAGAACGGGAAGAAGAGGACCACAACCGAAUGAAUGGGUUAAGCUGCGUGUGGGACUGAGGAAGAAGAACGGGAAGAAGAGGACAGCAACCGAAUGAAUGGGUAAUAAAUAACAAGGAGAGGCAAAGGCACCAGGGAGAAGCAGCAAGGCGGGUAAUAGGAGGAGUGAUUGACAGGAGGAGAGGAGCUCAAAGAGGAUGGGUGGUCUUGGUUGUCGUCGGGGUCUGUUGGUCUGUAUUGGGGACCACGUGCCUGGUUCUGCAAGCAAAUAACAAGGAGAGGCAAAAGCACCAGGGAGAAGCAGCAGCAAGGCAGGAAAGAGGAGGAGCGAUUGACAGGAGGAGAGCAGCUCGCAGUGCACGGGCGGUUUUGGUUGUUGUCGGAGUCUGUUUGUCUGUAUUGUGUACCAUGUCCAGGGUUCUGCAUCACCACCACAUGUCCUCUUUUAUUUCAUAGAGAGGUUCCCCCCCCCCCCCCCCCCCCCCCCCCCCCCCCCACCUCUUCAAUUUUUUACUUGCUGUCUUAAUCGGCCUUUGUCAGAUUUUCAAUGUCAAUUUUGUCAGAUGAAAUCUAUAGGUGCCGUGUGUCGGUUAUCUCCACGCCGAUCAGAAUUUUUUGGCUGCCUGUAUCGAUCGCUAUGGGGCACUGAGGUUGUGUUUUAUGGAUGGAUGGGGGUGGAUGGAUGGCAAAGCAAAAAAUGAUGCGAUGAUGGCAAGUGACCGUUUUUCGGUGUAGAGUCUCUGUUCCACUGUCGCUGCGGCUUGGUCACGGGGGCUAUGGAGGUUUCUUCAACAUGCAGAUCGACCAGUGGCAGAAAGUGAUGAUGCGUGUGCUUUCUACUUCACACACGGGGCAAAUAAAAUUGGAUGAGAUUAGACCAGAUUACAUCGGAAUACGUACGAUGAGGAGACCUUAUCUGAUCAAGUCAGAUCAUUGAUACCCUGCACCCUCCCCCUCCCUCCCCCCCCCCAAGCAACGGCUCUCAUUCUGGUCACGGAGGCGGCGUCUCUUGCUCAGCGGGGUGUCUCUCUCUCCCUCCCUCCCUCUCUCUCUCUCUCGCUCGCUUCACCUGCCAUGAGGUUGUUAUGAUGAUUGCGAUCCUGCUCUGUAACUCUUCAUUUGCAUAUACAGACGCUAAGCGUCUGCUCUUCGAGCCUCUCUCUCUCUCUCUCUCUCUCCCUCCCUCCCUCUCUCUCGGUGCUUACCACUGCUGCUGUGUUCCUCAUGGUCGAGCGUGCUGUAGCUUGCUGUGGGUGCGCUUUGCUCCUCUCUUAUGCUGUUCAGACGUUUAAAGCGGAUGUGAAUACCGCCACCAGCACCUUUGCCG